AUGGCGUCGCAAAAGGAAGACUCAAAUUACAAGGGUACUCUGUCGGCUCCAAUGACUAUGCUGAGAGGACCAACUGGCAGUCCAUCCCAGGCUCCAUCAUCUGUAACUGGUGGUGCUCAUCACCUAGUCUCACUGUUGCCGGAGGGGACACAGUUGGCACUUGAAGACACAAAUUCUCCACAAUCCCAGGCCUACUAUUGGCUCAUGGGUGACAGAAACCUUCCUUUCCUCACUGAUGACCGCAUCAAGCAACGGUUCACUCUCACAGCCAUUUAUUUUGCAACCAAUGGAGACGAUUGGACUGACAAUACCAACUGGCUCCGUUACAAUGUUCAUGAGUGUGAAUGGUACAACCAACCAUCCUUUGGUUUGAAACACGUGCUGGCCCAGUUGUAUCCAGAUUACCUCAUUGGGUUUCAUGAGGUAACCCCCACAAUUUGCAAUGAUGAUGGAAUCUACCACCACUUGUGGCUAGACCAAAACCACCUAGUUGGUUCCCUACCCCAUGAGUUGUAUUUGUUGACCUCUCUACAAACCUUCUCUGCUGUAUUCAAUGAGCUGGAGGGGGGGAUAUCAAGUCAAAUUGGGCUCUUGACCAAUCUGGAGGGGAUGGAUCUUGCCUUCUCCUUUCAAAAAGCCGGUACAAUACCAUCUGAAAUAGGCAUGGCAACAAGUUUACGAGUCCUUGGACUCGUAUCAAAUGGCCUCGAGGGUUUCAUUCCAAGUGAACUAUGGCUUCUGACCAAACUGCAAGGGUUUCUAGGUCUAUCACAGAAUCCACAAUUGGAAGGUAUUCUUCCUACAGAAAUUGGUCAAUUCUCCAAUUUGAAGGUGCUGAACCUGGAGGACUGUGGUCUCAGAGGGACACUUCCUUCUGAGCUGGGCCAAAUGGACUCUCUGGAGUGGCUCUUCGUUCCUCGAAAUGGCAUUAAUGGUACUAUCCCCACAGAGCUUGGGUUCCUCCACCAGAAUCUAUCAGUUCUUUCCCUCUUGGAAAACAAUCUAACCGGAACACUACCAAGCCAGCUAGGGGAAUUGACAUCAUCUACUGCAGUCAGCGUCCACAACAACCAGUUGACAGGGACCCUCCCAAGGGAGUUUGGACAGCUGACAUCGCUUACCAUGGGACUCACUUUCCAUAACAAUCAGCUUACAGGGACUCUGCCAACAGAGCUCUCCAGCAUACUCUCCCUGCAAAAUCUACAGUUCCAAAACAACAGAUUCAUAGGCCAGAUUCCCAGUGAGUUUGGUCUCCUUUAUUCACUCAGCUGGCUGGAAAUGGCAAACAAUUCCUUGUCUGGAAUUGUACCUCAAGAGCUGUCAGCACUGCAGCAAUCCCUCCACACAUUGACACUACAAGACAACCCUCUUUUGUCUGGAAGCCUACCAGAUGCACUUUGCCAAACCAAUGGAACUUGCACCAGCAAUAUCUUGUUUCAGUGUGAAGGCAGCUAUGGCUUGUCCUUUGACUGUACCGACAUUUUGUGCGGUUGUGGCUGCAGCUGUGGAGCCAAUGGAGCAAACAGCACAGAGUGA